AUGCUGCAAAGAUCCGAGAGCCUGAGCCUCCACUCCAUUCAUGGGGCACACACGCGCCCACGUGUGCCUCACAAGCACACGGCCGCGGCGUCGGCGAUUUGUCGGCUUUCACUUUCGCUACGAGCCUACGCGGCCCGUGCUACGAGCGGCGCCAUCCAUUGGGCGCUACGACGGCUGACCUUCGCCUCUAUUGGGCGGCCGCUCUCGUGUGGACCUUACGGAUAUAAUGUGCCCGAGUUUCCGCCCGGAUGUCGGCCUAUGUGCUUAGGUAUUGUCGGCCACGUGAACGUU